UAUUCGUCUCUCUUUCUCUCUCUCUCUCUCACUCACUCUGUGUGAGGCAAGAAGACGUCUUGAGAGUUGCAUAAUCCUAGGGUUUCAAAGAGUUCUUGGAUCUGGGAUUUGGGGAAGAUUAAGGCAAAGGAAGUAGAAAAUGAGCUUCGAUCCGGUUCCUUCGACUACUCAUGGCAACCUUGAUGAGCAGAUUGCUCAGCUCAUGCAGUGCAAGCCUUUGUCCGAGCAAGAGGUUAGGGGCUUGUGCGAGAAGGCCAAGGAGAUUCUAAUGGAGGAAAGCAAUGUUCAGCCUGUGAAAAGCCCUGUGACAAUUUGCGGUGAUAUUCAUGGGCAAUUCCAUGAUCUUGCAGAGCUUUUUCGGAUUGGAGGAAAGUGCCCAGACACAAACUACUUAUUUAUGGGAGAUUACGUUGAUCGUGGCUAUUACUCUGUUGAAACUGUAACGUUUCUGGUGGCCUUGAAAGUACGUUAUCCUCAGCGAAUUACUAUUUUGAGAGGAAAUCAUGAAAGUCGACAGAUCACUCAAGUUUAUGGGUUUUAUGAUGAAUGCCUGCGGAAGUAUGGCAGUGCCAAUGUUUGGAAGACGUUUACAGAUUUGUUUGACUAUUUUCCACUUACAGCAUUGGUUGAAUCGGAAAUUUUCUGUCUCCAUGGUGGGUUGUCUCCGUCAAUUGAAACCCUUGACAACAUACGCAAUUUUGAUCGCAUACAAGAAGUUCCCCAUGAGGGUCCAAUGUGCGACCUUUUGUGGUCUGAUCCUGACGACCGUUGUGGCUGGGGUAUCUCCCCUAGAGGUGCUGGAUAUACUUUUGGACAGGACAUUUCAGAGCAGUUCAACCAUACCAAUAACUUAAAGCUAAUUGCUAGAGCACAUCAAUUGGUUAUGGAGGGAUUUAACUGGGCUCAUGAGCAAAAAGUGGUAACCAUAUUCAGCGCACCUAAUUAUUGUUAUCGAUGCGGAAACAUGGCCUCCAUUUUGGAAGUCGACGACUGCAGAAACCACACUUUCAUUCAGUUUGAUCCUGCUCCCAGAAGGGGAGAGCCCGACGUAACAAGACGUACACCAGAUUACUUCCUAUAAUGUGCACCUUCCUGAAAACAAUAUUGUCUGAAUUCUUCUGGAAAGGGCCCCCUCGGGCCUGGGGCUUAUAUAGAAGGUGCGAGUCAUUGUUCAGAUCGAUCCUCUUUAUGGAACAUGAAAUGGUGUGGCUAUAUUGGCUAAAGAAGAAGGGCAUUUAUGAGUGUGUUAAGUGGGGGGAAAAUGUGGAGAUAUAAUAUUUUGCUUGCUUUGAUUCUUUAAUGGAGACAGCACAAACUAGUGCCAUCGAUUUUUUGUUUUUCAAUCGCUUUCAAGUUCCCGAACUUUUUCGACCCUCUAUUUCAUUUUAUGCCUGAAUUUCUGUAAAGACAUUGUUUUUAGGUUUUAUUUUUAACAUCCAAUGCUUACCCCCUCCA